AUGGAGGCUUGGCUCCAACUUGAAGAAGCUCGAGUGGAACGAAAGGCAUUGGAUCUCAAAGAUGGUCUCGUACGCCCAGUUUCAUCUCGAGGGAGAGGCCGCCAUCAAUCGAGAAUUAAGGGCUCUCUUUCUCGCGACGGCACGGCGGACACUCAUGUGGCUACGGUAACCGUCAUAGAUAAGCAGGACUUUUCGGUCGUUUGCCGUCAAAGUACGGCAAUAUUCUACAAAAGCCUGAGCCCAUCUCUCAAAAAUAAAUUUGUCAACGCCUGCCAGUUCCCUUCUAGUGGUGAUGCUUGA